AUUCUCUACACUGAUCAUCAGCACACUGCAGUCAUGUCAGAAGCUAAAGCUGAAGUUGGAGCCGGUGAAGUCAUGACUGAAGUUGAACAUGAAUGUGGAGAUGAAUGUGGAGAUGAAUGUGGAGUUGGAGCCUGGACCAAAGUGAAGCCUGUCACUCUAGAAGUGAUAAAGAUUUGCAUUGAGGUGAAGACACGGAUAGAGAAGAUAAUUGAUGAUUCAAAGACUUUCAUUCCUCUGCUCUACUCUCGCUUCCCCUCUCAGUUUGAGAAAGGAACAAACUAUUUCGUCAAGGUGUUGGUUGAUCAUGGGGAUGGAGUGUGUGUUCAUGUGAAGAUACAUCAGGCUCCUAUCUGUAAUGGAGGAAAACUGAGAGUGACUGGAAUUCUGUUCGAUAAAACCUUUGUUGAUCCGCUGAAGCCCUUCUGAACACUUACAGAAAUAGUCUGUCUUUAUUUAAUAGCAGACACAUGUAAUAAGAGGAACUACUGAAAUACUUUCAAUCCUCAAUAUUAAACUGCAUUCAAGUC